UCCAUCCCCAACGGGAGCAGCUAGAUCAUACUUCAGUUCCUUCCAUCCCUCGUUCCAUCCCUCUCCCACCAUCAUGCCGGCCAUAGUGAACCUGCUCUUCAAUACGGUGUCCACCAACACCACCAUCUCCUUCUCCCUGGUGCUGCCUCUGGUCAGCGUCCUCUCUCUCCUGGUGGGGGUCGGAGGUCACCUACUCAUGUGGCUGGUGCUGAUGCGUAACCCUCGGCGACGCUCCAAACCUAGCUCCGUGUUGCUCCUCAACUUGAGCCUGGCUGACAUGGGCGCCCUACUCACCCUGCCCUGCGUCCUGCUCAGCGCCAGCUCCCAGGACUGGCAGCUAGGGGGCGGUAUCUGUGUGCUGCUGGGCUUCAUGACCUCCCUGACGGCCGGAGUGGAUAUAUUUAGUCUGGCCGCCUUGUCGGUGCUCAGGUACCGCAUAGUGGCCCCACCUGCUAGACCGCCCGCCAGCCCCACACAAGUGUGAGUACGGAAUUAAACCAUUCAUCUGCACACAGUUAGGCCCACAUCAGCUAUGUAACCUCCUCUCUACCCCUCUCUCAGAGCCGGCAUCGUGGCAGUGAUCUGGUUAGUCUCUGUCACCAUGGCCCUUCCCAAGGUCACAUACAUCCAAUUUGACAGUGGCUGUACAUGGUCUGUGGGGCGUGGCCAGUGGCUGGGUUUCCUGGUGCCAGCCUUCCUGGUCUACUACGUGGCUCCGCUCCUCUGCAUCGCCCUCAACUGUGGCCUCAUCAUCACCCAUCUCCACCGCUGCCGGGGCACACUGGCCGCAGACCGCCGCAACAAGAAGGCCACAGCGCUCCUGAUUGGCUCCACGCUGGUCUUCGCCAUCAGCUGGCUGCCCUACUACGCCCUGGAGUUUGUCAAUGUCAUGUCCCCCUACGUCAGCUUCGUUGCCUCGCCAAUCAGUCAACAUCCCUUCGGAGGUGGAGGGGGUCUCCCGUUGUCCUCCUCCUCCCUCAACUCGUCCCUGUCCCUGUCCCUGUCCCCAUCCACAGAUGGGGACGCGGAGGUGUCUCUCCUCUGGGAGGUGGCGUCCCUGUCGGCCAUCUUGUUGGUGUGUUUGGCGCCCUGCUGGAACCCGCCCCUCUACUUCCUGUUGUCUCGCCCGGCGGUGCGUCAGCUCCGUGCCCUUCUGCCAUCGCUGAGGAAAUGCUUGGGAAGCCUGCGACCGCCUAUCACUCCCGCGCCACCACCCCGUUUUCCUCACCUCCGCCCUCUUCCUACUUUGUAACUACACACCACACCUUGCCACUCAGGCUGAUCCACACACAAUGCAAUUACACAACAGAUUGUGAUUACAUACGCUGAGUGUACAAAACAUUAGGAACACCUACUCUUUCCAUGACAUAGACUGACCAGGUGAAUCGAGGUGAAAGUUAUGGUCCCUUAUUGAUGUCACUUGUUAAAUCCACUUCAAUCAGUGUAGAUGGGGAAUGGGGAGGAGACAGGUUAAAAAAUGAUUUUUAAGCCUUGAGACAAUUGAGACGUUGAUUGUGUAUGUGCCAUUCAGAGGGUGAAUGGGCAAGACAGAAGAUUUAAGCGCCUAUGAAUGGGGUAUGGUAGUAGGUACCAGGCGUACUGGUUUGAGUGUGUCAAGAACUACAACGUUGCUGUUUUUUUCACGCUCAACAGUUUCCCGUGUGCACCAAGAAUUGUCCACCACCCAAAGGACAUCUAGCCAACUUGAAACAACUGUGGGAAGCAUUGGAGUCAACGUGAGCCAGCAUCCUUGUGGAACGCUUUCGACACCUUGAAGAGUCCAUGCCCCGAUGAAUUGAGGCUGUUCUGAGGGCAAAAGGGGGUAGGUGUUCCUAAUGUUUUGUACACUCAGUGUACACGCUUACGCAGUUUGGGGCACAAUUACUUUGCUUCUAACAGCCUAUACCUUUUAGCCUACUGUUGGUGUGUGUGUGUGUGUUUGAGACACUUUAACCAGAAGAAGAGUUAUAGCGUCAUAAAUGUGAAGGUGUGUCAUAAAACCAGAGACUUAGAAUCGUACAAUCUUAGGUUUCCAAUCAUGUUGCAAGUGUCACUUAGCAACUCAUACUCGUCACACAGAUAGACUAGGUGGGGGACUAGCAGAGAGAGGGAGAGGAUUAACAAAAGGAAGAGAGCAAAACCAAGACACAGAUUCUGGGGGCUGAUCAAGCGGUAUGUGUGUGUGUGUGGAAUAAAAAUGACAUUAAUGAAGGCAAAAGUGGGUGAAAUAUUGUUAGCAUUUCUCUCACAGAGAAAACAACAACAUGUUUGAUGGGUGAGACCCAUUUAUGCCAUCAGUAAUUCAACAACAUGGUUAGUAUUCUAAACAUGCCUCCCAAACCAAUAGGGGAGAGUGGGGUAUGUUGAGCCAUUUUUUACAUUCAGCAUCACUACGUCAAGGGACAUGAAGUAUUCCUUCUAACAAAGAUAUCUACAUAUAUUUCAGAACGUUGUCUAUCCCUGGAUAUAAUCAUGUAAACAUAACAGUUUUGAAAACAUAGUUUGCUCCAAAAAAGUGGUCUCUUGGCACAACUUACCCCGGGUAUGGGGUAUAUUUAACAUUUUUAACAUUUAAGUCAUUUAGCAGACGCUCUUAUCCAGAGCGACUUACAAAUUGAGCAUAGGGACAGGGUAAGUUGAGCCGCCUUGGGGUAAGUGGGUGAUGGUGUCUUGUGACAGUGGGUGAUGGAGCUGGUAGGUCAAAGUUAAAUUCUUGUAAUGGGUGUGGUAUAUUGUAUAUCUUAAAUGUAUGCCUACAUUCAGAUAUAGAUCUCUCUGUUCAAUAUCACUUACCCUUCCAUUUCUUGACCAGUUGUCUGGGACAGGGAUGAUAUUUCGAUGUGCCAAUUCGUAGGCAUGUUCUCUGCAUUUGAGGCUACUAAGCCCAUAAAACUGGUCCGCAAAAUUCUUGAUACAUUUAGCAAUCUCAGACUCCAUGUCAUCAGAUAAGACCUUGUGUGCCUCUGCUACUAUAUCAUAGCCUCUCUUUCGCACAGGUACAUGUUUGUUUUCUUUGUACAGUACCUCUUCAGUAUCAUUCAGUCUAUUUUGUCAUUCCUCGCUGCUGCUCGAUUGGACUUCUUUUUUUCUUCCCUUCUCUCACUUCCUUAGCUGCUCUCUCAAGAACCUCAAGGGGGGCUAGACCCCUGCUUGUUUUACAUUUGUCUACAUGGGGCAUGAUGAUGUCUGCUCUGUAAUAGUACAAAUGCACUAUCUUGAGUUCAGACACAUUGCAAAACAAUUCCAUGCAUAUUAUGCAUAAAACGGACAAAAUAUCAUCAGAAUUUGUAUGGGGUAUGGUGGCCAUUGUCUCAAUUUACCCAAGGCAAACAUUUUGACUAUAUUAGCCAACACAGCUACAAGGAUGCACUUUCAUGCUAGGUUUAGUACCUCGUGUUGUAGCUUAUAAAGACCCCAACUGAUGUUUUAAACAAUCUUAAAACGAUCCACUUUGGUUUAGAUACAAGCACCAUCAAACCUAUAACACAAUAAAUUAAUUUGACUUUUUGGGAUCUAACUUGCUUACCACUUUUUCCAUGUGCUUUCCUCUUUCACAGAAUCAUUUUGUGUACGGUUUCCUAGAAACAAGGGGUGGCUCAAUUAACUCUUUGGCUCAACUUACCCCACUCUCCCCUAAUACAAAACAAUCCUGAACAAUACUGAGAUAAGUAGGUCCCCUGUAGCUCAGUUUCCCACCGGGGGCCAGAAUGCAAAAUGUAUGCACUCAGUAACUGUAAGUCACUCUGGAUAAGAGCAUCUCCUAAAUGACUAAAAUAUAAAAAAAAUAAGUGUACUUAGCAUUGCUCCUUCAUCUUGUCCGCCCCAUGGGCUUAUUAUUGUCUUUGUUUUGUUGACGAAGCAGAGCUUGGGAGCGUUGCUCAUCGUGCAGUACAUAGCUGCUGUUCUAAAGCGUGUGCAAUGAUGUCAGAGUGAAAAAAACAGUGUUCAUUUUUUGCAGUAUCUUCUUUGUGGUUGUAAUAUUUCAAACAGCCGUGGCAGUUUCACCAUUAAGGAUGUCAUCUUUAAUUGCAUGCUGUGCAUAAUCUUAAGGGAAAAAUAUUGUGUUUUAAUUUACAGUAUAAGAGUGAAGAGGUAUGAAUUCAGUGUAUAUGUGACUGUUCAAUAUGUAAACAAAAGGAAAAAUAAAUGUGCCUUUGAAUGUAUUAUUGACAAAAUAAAUUAUUCUAAUGUGUUUGAAAUCUUACUUUCGAGACUGGCUGCACAUAACACACAUUGGUCAUGCUUUAUACAUUGGAGUUCUCCCUAAACCAAUCCAGGCCAGUAACCUUUUGGCCACUCCAUUAGAACAGUGUUCUCUCUGGGGAUUUGAACUACCAACCCACCGUAAUAGUUCAUUUCCCCUCUACUCUAUCUCACUUCAGGGACCUACACUGCCCAAUAUAUAGGCAAGACCUAUCCAAGUACUGUAUAUAUAAUAAACUGAAAUCCCUGUGGAGCUUUCAUUGAACACAGAACAAAAUGGUAGUGAAGUGAGCAGUGGAUGAGGAAGAUAUACAGUAUAUUGCAGAGGAGGUUGGUGGCCCCUUAAUUAGGGAGGACGGCCUAGUUGUAAUGGCCGGAGCGGAAUCAGUGGAACGGUAUCAAGUACAUUAAACACAUGGUUUCCAGGUGUUCAAUGCCACUCCCUUCGCUCCAUUCCAUACAUUAUUAUGAGCCGUCCUCCCCUCAGCAGCCUCCUGUGGUAUAGAGAAUGAGGUUCGUGUUCAGGAUGAAAUAAGGACUCCCCUCCUCUGGUAGCUAGACUCUGUGGGGGUUUAUUACAUCAUAUCCACUGGAUUACUGCAGGAAAUAUAGACCCAUAACCCCAUUACUAAGCCCUAUGACACACAGGCAACACACAGAGGACACACACACACAAGCAAGCACGCGCAUGCACACACAAACAGCAUGUCAUAUGGGCUAUUUGUUAGGCUUUCAGUCGGCAUAGUAACCUUGAUGAAAGACGUUCCUCGAUUUAUGAGCGCUGAUAGAAAGUGUCUUGUUUUGGACAAAAUAACUCAUUAAAUGUACAGGGACAAGAGGAGCAAUCUCCACACUUGGGUCUGGUCUAAUAAUACAGCACAAAGGGCAUCCCAUGUAUUUAAAGUGGCUUGGUUUGACAAACAGACUCUCCAAGGUAAUUGGAUUUGGACGUUAGGCAAUUCAUAUUGAGAGACAGCAAAAGUCUGAUUUAAAAUUCAUUGGGAAGGUUGGAAUCACUUUAGCUUAAGGCUGAUUAGUUAGGCUAAUCAGUUGUUUUGAAUGAGUGUGUGUGUGUGUGUAUGUGUGCAUCAGUGAGUUCGUGCGUGCGUGUGCUUGGCGUGCGUGUUUCAGUUGCACUGAAAUUCAGUCUGAGAGAACAUUCAAAUCCCAGUGUAAUCUAACAGCGCAAUGACAUGGAACAUUUACUUCCAAACAGGGACAGCUCCAGGCAUGAGCGACAUCAGCUCAGUUGGGGUCUUAACUUACUGUUGAGAGUUAGAAUAGUAGAAUACACAAGGUGCAAGUUCAGAAUUUGGUUGUGUAUCAGCAGUUUUUCUUAUCAGCAGUGUCUGCAUCAGCAGCCACUCAAUUAGCCAUGUCAGCUAACAAUUUUUAGAUUAGUAAAUUAGUCUAGCCAGUUAUCAUGGACGAAUACCGACCGGGCCCAGGGGCCCUGACCUCCAGGGGUCAAAUGUUGAUUUUGUUAGUCAAAUAACACUCACAGUGGUUGUAGAGGGUGCAACAGGUCAGUACCUCAGGAAUAAAUGUCAGCUGGCUUUUCAUAGCCGAGCAUUCAGAGGUCGAGACAGCAGGUGCGGUAGAGAGAGAGAGAGAGAGUCGAAAACAGCAGGUCCGGGACAGGUCAGGGUUCCAUAGCCGCAGGCAGAACAGUUGAAAUUGGAGCAGCAGCACGACCAGGUGGACUGGGGACAGCCAGGAGUCAUCAGGCCAGGUAGUCCUGAGGCAUGGUCCUAGGGCUCAGGUCCUCCGGGAGGCGAGGGAGAGAGAGAACUAGAUGGAGCAUACUUAAAUUCACACAGGACACCAGAUAAGACAGGAGAAUUACACCAGAUAUAACAGACUAACCCUAGUCUCCUCCACCGCACGAGCCCGAGGGGGUGCAAAACCAGACAGGAAGAUUACAUCAGUUACUCAACCCACUCAAGUGACACACCCCUCCUACGGAGGGCAUGGAAAAGCACUAGUAAGCCAGUGACUCAGGCUCCAUAAUAGGGUCAGAGGCAGAGAAUCCCAGUAGAGAGAGGGGAGCCGGCCAGGCAGAGACAGCAAGGGCGGUUCGCCGCUCCAGUGCCUUGAUGUUCACCUUCGCACCCCUGGGUCAGACUACACUCAAUCAUAGGACCUACUGAAGAGAUGAGUCGUCAGUAAAGACUUAAAGGUUCAGACCAAGUCUGCGUCUCUCACAUGGUGUCACGUUCGUCUAAUGACGGGUCAGAACAAGGCGCAGCGUGAUAUACGUACAUGUUUAUUUACACUGAAUAAACACACGAUAAAACAACAAACAAAUGAAACGUGACGUCCUAAGGUUGUACAUACAACAAACCUUACCCGGAACAAGAUCCCACCACUAGACAGUGCCAAUAGGCUGCCUAAGUAUUGUCCCCAAUCAGAGACAACGAGCGACAGCUGCCUCUGAUUGGGAACCACACCGGCCAACAUAGAAAUACACAUUCUAGAUAAUAAACAUAGAAAACGCACAACAAAGAAUAUACACACCCUGACUCAACAUUUAAGCGUCCCCUGAGUCAAGGCGUGACAGUACCCCCCCCCCCCCUCCCAACAUAAACAUAACAGGGUAGGGGCCGGGUGGGCAUUCCGCCUCGGAGGCGGAUCCGGCUCGGGGCGUGAUGACCUCUCACUCUCCGCCUCCCUGUUGCGCCCCUGGUCUGGUCUGGACCUUGGCGCGUUGCUUCCCUUCUCCUUCCUCCCACGAUACGCCAGGCCCUGUCUGGACCCUGGUGUGGGAGACCCCGAACCUGGAGAGGGGCUGACGUAUGGUCUGGACUGGAGCCGCUGACCGGAGCUGGACUUGGCACCGGUGGAGCGGUCUGCUCUGGCUCCGGAGUGGAGCCGCUGACCGGAGCUGGAUCAGGCACCGGUGGAGCGGACUGCUCUGGCUCCGGAGUGGAGCCGCUGACCGGAGCUGGGCUGGACCCCAGUGGAGCGGACUGCUCUGGCUCCGGAGUGGCGCAGCUGACCGGAGCUGGAUCAGGCACCGGUGGAGCGGACUGCUCUGGCUCCGGAGUGGAACAGCUGACCGGCACUGGAUCAGGCACCGGUGGAGCGGACUGCUCUGGCUCCGGAGUGGAGCCGCUGACCGGAGCUGGACUAGACCCCAGUGGAGCGGACUGCUCUGGCUCCGGAGUGGAGCAGCUGACCGGAGCUGGAUCAGGCACCGGUGGAGCGGACUGCUCUGGCUCCGGAGUGGAGCAGCUGACCGGUGCCGGACCAGGCACCGGUGGAACGGGCACGUCCUGGAAACAUGCUGUACACUUUUGAUAAUCCUAGCAGCCCAUUAAUAUGGAGCAGGCAGCAUUUUGUCAGGCUGAGCUUGCCGUUAAUGAGUGCAGUUAUCUCAGUGAUUUGUCUGCACUGUGAUUCUCUCACACACACGGCUCUCGCUCUGAUGUUUUGAUGAGACUUAAUUAAAGUCUGCAGAUUAAAGCUCAUCUCCACUGGCCCAUUGAGGAGUGCUAGCUCGUCUCCCAGUCCGCAUUCCAUCCUCAUUCAGUCCGCAUCAGUCUUCCUCUAACCAGUACAUGUUGCCUCGCUACCACUGCUGCUGAGGCUGGGGCCCAGACAGACAGAGAGAUAGACAGACACAGGAAAUUGCUGUAUCAGCCACGCGAGUAUGUAACAAUCAACCACAAGGAGUGACUGGGGCUCUUGUUAAUGAUCCCUUUUGUGUAGUGAGUGUGUUGGAGGUGGUUCAGUGAAACGUUGUUCAUGUGAUAAGUAACUUCACCUUGCCUGAGACCUGCAGACCUGUGUUAUCUCUCAGAGAAAAUGCCUGCAGGCUUUAGAUUAGCGGGCUAACACAGUCUUAAGGUGUAUAGACGACCCGGUCUAAUAACCAGCCGGAUACAGGAUCACCACAGAUACAGGGUGAGUCAUGGGAGUACAAACCACUAUAAGGUUAUAAGGUCAUAUAACCUAAUAACCUAAGCCCCCGAAUGACACAGUCAUAAAUAAUAUGAUCAUAAAUUGAUGCAGCUUCUAACAUCCAAUGGAUGAGGACCAAUAGGUUCAUAUGAGUUCACAGUCACCAUAUCAGAGCAAUUCACUAAAUUUAGAUGUUGCUUGGAGCAUGAAAAUGCCACUCAAUUUCCAUCACAAACAUUCUCCAGAAAAUUGUACUUUGCUUCCCUCCAGCGGCCCGAACAAUCAACGGAGGCAGAACGCCUCCCGGUUCCAUUAAAUGAAAUGCGCCAUUUAAAGCCAACCGUUUUGAAUAGAUGGUCAGGUCAGCAAUUUGUUAGAACUGGUAUAGGCCUAUGUCAACUCCGAAAGGCGUGGAAGAUUUUUUGGGAGAGCGGUCAGGUAAUGCAGGCAGUGACAGCCAAGACAAUACAUAUUCUCAGUCAAGGACGCGGCCCUGAUGCAUACUUAUUCUAGUAAAAUAGAGAAAGAGGAGAGAGAGAGAGAGAGAGCGAGAGAGAGAGAGAGAGAGAGAGAGAGAGAGAGAGAGAGAGAGAUGCACUGUGAAACUCAGGUAUACAAUUCAGAGAGAGAGAGAGAGAGAGAUAUGCACUGUGAAACUCAGGUAUACACUGGAGCGCAUUCUUGGACGUGGGACAAGAGGAGGGGAUGAGGAGGGGGCGUGCUAAAGGUUUUUUUUUCGGUGCACGAGAAAAGCCGCUUAGUCAUAACACUCCCAGGAGCAGGUGUAGGGCAGGCCACCUAGACACAUGCGUUGCAUUCUUCUUCAAUUAAAAUCUACACAUCGAGACCAAGGGACUUCUGGAGGACUUAAUUGCGCCGAAAAAUGGUUUCGCAAUGUUAAUUGAUAUUAGAUGCGCUUCUUUUGUUCACCCGCAUCUAUACUUCCCGUUGUGACUGUCUAGAGAAGCACUAGUGAGCUGCGAUCGCAAAUGACUUGACAUAGAUAGUGAUGGUCGCAGUUAAACACUUUCUUUGUGAAAAAUAGAGGAAGAAUUGAACACGAUGACAGACCAGGUAAGGUGACAGACAUUUUUUCAGCAUCACCUCGCUGUUCAUGUGUGACCAAACGUUUUCUUUGAGUUCAGUAGGCUAUAUUGAAUUAUUACACACCGGUGCGCUGUAGGCUACACAUCCUCUUUAGUGGAAACACUGUCACUUUGUUGAUGUUCACAACUCACACUAUCCCCCUCGUCUGUCAUCUUCAAAAGGUGCGGACACUCAGUUGUGAAAUGUACAGUAUGUAGGCCAACAUCAAUGAGUAUUUGUUUCUCUCUUUUAGAAUAAAUUAACCUAAUUAAUGUUAUCAUUAGUAUGUUGUUGCAGUAUAAUUACUCUAAACGUGGAAUUCCAACACUGCAAUUAAAAUGUGAACACCAGUGGGUGAAAUAAUAGUGGGCCUAAUUAUUGCACUAUAGGGGCAACACCAUAGUAGCCUAGAGGCAAGAGUAGGCUAAUUGAUGUUCUACAGUGGUAAUAUUAAUAACAGAAGCAAACAGAAAUAUAGCAACAAAGCAUUGCCUUUACACGUCUGUACUGUAAUAUUUGUUAUUGCCUCAUGUGCUCUAUGUUUUACUGUUUACCCUAGUUAUCACCUGUCAGUCAGUCAGGGUGAGAUUAGCUGAUGACAUGCUCCCCUCUCCCUUGUCACAGAAUCUUCUCUGUGUCUUUCUUUAUCCCUCCCCUGAGUCUCCUUGUCCAUGAUUAAUUCAUUAGACCCUUUCAAUUAGUCUAAUUGGUUCUGUGCCUGAGUCCAGCAGUACACUCUAUCCCUGUGUGUCACUGAGUGGAGUGGAGCUUCUAGCUCAACCACAGGCACACCUGCUCCUGGCUCUCUGUUGGCUGGUUGCUGGCUCACAGGGUGAGUGCUCCACCUAGACUAAUUGCUGUAUUAAUAUUGAUGGCGGCCAUCUGACUGACCUGGUGCUGUACACACACUGAACGCUCCCAGUAAUGCUUUUGUUUAAGGCAGACUGUUGGCUGUGUUACCCUAAGCAGCCCUUAGUGUUGUUGAAAUCAGAGAGCAGUGAAGUCUCUAUACUGUGCGUGCUUACUGUACGUGUGUGUGACAUGAAGGGAUGGGAGGGAGGAGGGGUCAUGGACAUUAAUGUUUUGACCUAUUUUCUGCUAAUGCAGCCCAGAGUCCCAUCAGUCACUGUACUAUGCUGUACAGCAGAGUUUCCCAAACGUGUCUCCAUAGUAGUAGGCCUACUGUAUCAACUAUUUUUGUCACAUGUAACACUUCCUCUCCUGUAUUAACAUGCUCUCAGCUUCAUUCUCAUAAGGGCCAUGUCCAUUGGGGUGUGUACUCACUACCUUUCCUGUCUUUUACUCACUACCAUUCUUGUCUCUCUCAGUACAGUAUGUUUCUCACCACCGCUCCCCCUCUGAGAAGAGGAAGCACACCUCUACCAAUCAAGCACCAGCUGAGGCGGGAGGAGGCUGUAUCAGAGGACCAUGAUUGGAUACCAGGGAUUGACGAACCGGCCACGCUACCAAUCAGUGACACCCUUUGCCAGGAUGAAUCAUUUAGUCAAGCGUCGGAGGGGUAUCAUGGGAGUGCUAUAAGGAUCGUACUACUUGGGCAGAAUGGGGUUGGAAAAUCAGCGCUGUCUCUGGCCCUGGCUGGAAUGUCAGACAGUUCACUGUCUGUGGACUCUGAAACAGCCUGUGGUAAAGUUCUUCUGUGUGUGUGUGUGUAUGUAUGUGUCGUGCGUGCUUGUGCGUGCUUGUGCCUUGGAGUGUGUGUGUGCAGUGUGCACAUGGUAUCUACUUUAUGUCAAUUGCCUGAUGUCAGCUGCCACAAAAGAUCAACAGCAUUCUGAGUCGUGAUGUUGAAAGUUACUUUUCCCAUUUUCUGAGUGCACUCUCAAGGCUGAGAGAUGACAAGACAAAUCACCAUUUGUCAGCACUGUGUGUCAUUACGGUGUCUUGAAGGUCAGGGUAAUAAUAACACCAGUCUUGGGACAAAUACUCAAUCAAUCAAUGCUCCAGCAAAGUGAUGGGCACACUGCUCUGUAGGAGGUGCUGCCAGAGACAUGUCAUGAAGAGGCAAUCCACACAGGAUUUAGAUCCUAGGCCGCAUGGAGAGUCAAGGUGUUUUCUUGUAUUUAGCUCUUUCUGUAACCUCAAUGUUUUAUCUGGGGCACCCUACUGUAAUCUACAAUAACCGUGUCCCAGAUCUGUGACAACUCCUCAGGCUGUCAUUGUGUAAUACCAGGUAUGGGCCCAGGUUAACUGGACCAGUCCAAAUGGGCUGAAUGACUCCCAGUACUGUAUAUCCACUUCAAUGCGUUUUUUGAGCUUGUGUUCCUAUGUGUUUGAGUGUCACUAUGUUGAUGUACUGUAUGUGUUUGUGACAAGCAUGUUUGUUUCCAGGAGAAGGCUACAACCGCACAGUGUCAGUUGACGAUGAGGAGAGUUCAGUCAUCAUUUAUGACAACUGGAAACAGGUGAGCUAUUUAUUGCACUCUCUACACUGACAUUCUAUUAAUGUGUAUGUGUUAUACCACCUCUCUCUAAAAGUUGUUUUUUGAGUUAUUUCAAAUGUCAGGAAGAGUGUGCGUGUGGGUGCGUGCGUGCGUAGGGUUGCAGAAUUCCGGGAACUUUAAAUAAAAUCCUUGGGCUUGCAGAAAUCCUGGUUGGAGGACACUGGACAUCCUACUUAUUCCCUCCUUAUUCUGGAAAUCCUCCAACCGGGAUUCCGGGAAACCAGAGAAUGUUUUGAAAGUUCCCAGAAUUUUGCAACCCUACGUGUGUGAGUGCAUGUAGCCACCCUGAGGCAGUGGCAGACCGUUUUUUUUCUUAGCCCUUUUUUAUUUAAAAUGUUCACUUUUGCUUUCAUUCAUGUGAUUUGCUGCAGAUAUUUGUAGGGCGAUCAUGCCGAUUCUUCUAUUCAUUACCUAUUACAAAUAGCCUGAAUGCGUACAGUCAUCUCACUUAAGGCACCAUUUGAAAGUGAUUUUGAAUGUGCUUUGAAUUAGAUGUUUUGUCGUAUUCAGUGAAUUAUAAUGAGGGUAGUGGAGCACAGCUGCUUUAAGGCUCAUCUGUGUUAUGUGGUGUGUGUGUCACUGAGGAUUUCAUGAUGACAAAGUGCACACAGUAAUAGUAUAAUAUGAACCAUGUAAAAGCCUUCUGUGAUGAUGGUACGGUCAGUGCAGUGCUAUGUAUACAGCGACGGGACCUAGGGCUCGAUUCAAUCCGUAUCUUGGAAGUUCAGCGCUAUAGCGCGAUUGGAAUUGAAAGGUAAUUUCCGAUUGAGUCGUCAUAUGCAGCGUUUACCAUGAAUGCAGUCUCUGCGAACGCGGGAACAUUGCCUUUACAUUUUAAUUGCGCUAUAGCACUGAACUUCUGCGAUGUGGAUUGAAUCGAGUUCCUAGUCUGUCUCUAUACCAGAUGUCCAGAGCCCUAUACUACGUACCUGGUUUGAGGAGUUAGCGAAGUAACUUUAGUCAACUCUGAGUUCAACUCGGGAUAACAGGUACCACCUUUUAGCCAGGUACAUUUCUCAGGGCUAACUCCAUUUAUCCUGAAUGAAGUGUCUGAGCCGUGAGUUGAGGACCAAUGAAAUCAGAUUCCCUCCCGCUCACAAAGAUUGCGUCAACAUCCCCUUCAUUUGAGGAAGACAAGUGAUUCAAUAUUUUAUUAAUCAAAUGUUAUUUGUUAUUUUUUAAUAGUAUUGUUGAAAUACCUAUCACAUUACACAUUUAGUAAUGACAGAAUGCAUUUGAAACUUCACGCAGAGUAAAACUUUAGUGUGACUUAAUAAAUUAUUGUAUCGAUGGGAAAAAAGCGACGAGCAAUAUCUAUGAAUACGGAUGAAGCCUGAGCUGGAAUGUGAAACUAACUGAAGCUGGCUAGCUUUACAAAAACCCUCAGAAGAUCUAGCUUGCAUUGUAGGAUAGCCCUCAGGAGUCCACCUUGAUUUACUAAGUCUGAAUUAUUUAAACCUAGCUCAGGGGAACUCCAUUUAAAGGCAUUUCGCAAUAUCUUUCACUUCUUUAUAUCUGUCUGGUCUCCCUUUCUCCAGUACCUCUCUCUCUCUCUUUCUCCUCGCUACAUCUCUUCCCGAGUUGACCUCUUUCCUACAGCUGUGUCGUCAUCUCAAAAUCCAUCUCCCGCUCACUCUCUUUUGUGUGCUCCCUUUCAUACUCAGAACUGACCCUUUUUUGUUGAAGUUAAGUCUCUCUGAAAGUCAAUUACAUUUGUUAUUCUCUGCGUGUUAAUGCAAGCGCUGGUAUUAAGCCAUGGCAACAUAAGCAGGCCAGCGGGAUUUGGAGCUGCUCCAGCCCAGCAGCAGAGAGAGAGGGGACUGGACCAGCUCCCUCUCCCCCCAACACACACACACACACACACACGCAUAGACACAUAUGCACGCACACACACACGCGCUGUCACACACACCCUCCUUUCACUGCUUAGGCUUAUGCCACGACAAGCUUCCCAUCAAAUGAAAUGACCCUUGACACUGACAGGAGCAGCAGAGCUCCUCCUCUGAGGACUUUGACUAGCUCCAGAGUCCUGAGCUAGUCCCCUAUUCCAUGAGUGCCCCACCCUCCCCAGGUUACCAUGGUGACCAGUGGACUGAACAAAUCCCCCACAUGGAUCAAAUCAUGUAGAAGCAUUGGGCUGCAAAGCUUCUGGCUCCCCGGGGAAAACAUUGGUUUUAUUCUAGCUUCGUGUACAGUAUUUCAUCAUAACCCAGCUAAUUAUAGUUGGGUAUUUUAUCGGAUACAAAAAAAAAAAUAACUACUGUAUAUGGUGAUUUAUUGUGGUUCCUUGAUUCACACCUGCUGUUACUCAAGUUGCACUUUCCUCAAUGUCAAAGCAACCGAGUCACACACUGUUGGCAGCUCUCACAGUCAUCCAGCUAUAUCAUCACAGAAGAUUUCACAGAGUACACACACACACAGCGCUCAGAGCGUCUACACACACAGCGGCUCUCCGAGCAUGUCUUCAGCUAGCCAUGGGACUUGGAGUGCUCUUGACGUCAGGGAGAAGAAUUGCUUAAAUAAGUCAUCCAGCUUCCUAAAAUAGCCAGUGCAUGCUUGGCCGUGACCUGACAGGCCGAGGAUUUCCUCUGUACAUGUUACAUUUAAUGUACCAUUGGUCGUUCUCUGUGUACAUCAUUCACACAGCCAAUCAGCCACCAUCUUUCACGGUGAAUGGGAGGGGCCAAGGUGUUUUGAUGGCUGUGGGUUGGCUCUCUAGUACUUCCUCUCUCUAAUGACAGGCUAUUCAUCUGUAUUCACCACCAGGCUUUCUCCAUGCUGAAGGUCUGAGCCAGCUGUGAGUGAAUGGAUCUCAGUGUGGAGCCAUUCAUUACUACACCAGUAAGCCUCUCAAAAUACACUGUAUGUCUGCUGGAGGUGUCCAUAAUCAUUUGAUAACUGUUAAGUGUAAUAUUUAUGCUAGAAAACCUUGGAUGGACUCUGUGGUCAGUUGAAGUAGGCCAGUACAUACACUACAUGACCAAAAGUAUGUGAACACCUGCUUGUCGAACAUCUCAUUCCAAAAUUAUGGGUAUGAAUAUGGGGUUGGUCCCCCAUAUGCUAUAACAGCCUCCACUCUUCUGGAAAGAUUUUCCACUAGAUGUUGGAACAUUGCUGCGGGGACUUGCUUCCAUUCAGCCCCAAGAGCAUUAAUGAGGUCGGGCACUGAUGUUGGGUGAUUAGGCCUGGCUCGCAGUCGGCGUUCCAAUUCAUCCCAAAGGUGUUCGAUGGGUUGAGGUCAGGGCUCUGUGCAGGCCAGUCAACUUCUUCCAAACCGAUCUCAACAAACCAUUUCUGUAUGGACCUUGCUUUGUGCACUAGGGCAUAGUCAUGCUGAAACAGGAAUGGGCCUUCCCCAAACUGUUGCCACAAAGUUUGAAGAACAGAAUCGUCUAGAAUGUCAUUGUAUGCUGUAGCGUUAAGAUUUCACUUCACUGGAACUAAGGGGCCUAGCCCGAACCAUUACAAACAGCCCCAGGCCAUUAUUCCUCCUCCACCAAACCUUACAGUUGGCACUAUGCAUUGGGGCAGGUAGCGUUCUCCUGGUAUCUGCCAAACCCAGAUUCGUCCGUCGGACUGCCAGAUGGUGAAGUGUGAUUCAUCACUCAAGAGAACGCGUUUCCACUGCUCCAGAGUCCAAUGGCGGUGAGCUUUACACCACUCCAGCCGACGCUUGCCAUUGCACAUGGUGAUCUUAGGCUUGUGUGCAGCUGCUCGGCCAUGGAAACUGAUUUCAUGAAGCUCCUGACAAACAGUUCUUGUGCUGAAGUUGCUUCCAGAGGCAGUUUGGAACUCUGUAGUGAGUGUUGCAACCGAGGACAGAACAUUCUUACACGGUUCAGCACUCGGCGGUCCCGUUCUGUGAGCUUGUGUGGCCUACCACUUCGCGGCUGAGCUGUUGUUGCUCCUAGACGUUUCCACUUCACAAUAACAGCACUUACAGUUGACCGGGGCAGCUCUAGCAGGGCAGAAAUUUGACGAACUAACUUGUUGGAAAGGUGGCAUCCUAUGACGGUGCCACGUUGAAAGUCAUUGAGCUCUUCAGUAAGGCCAUUCAACUGCCAAUGUUUGUCUAUGGAGAUUGCAUGGCUGUGUGCUCGAUUUUAUACACCUGUCAGCAACAGGUGUGGCUGAAUAGCCGAAUCCACUCAUUUGAAGGGGUGUCCACAUACUUUUGUAUAUAUAGUGUGUUAGCCAUUUUGUACGGAGACAAGGAUGUGUGUGAUUCUGUGGUGUGUGGUUUUUAGAGUGUGUGAUGUUGUGUUUAUCUGUGGAGGGUCAAGUCUUGUGGUGUGUAAAAUCAUAUUUUCUAGUAAGGAUUUAGGGAUGUGUUUUGUGUCUGUAUAGAGAGGUCAGUGUGCAGUGGUGUGUACAGGUAUUUGUGAAGAGAUAUUUGUCUUUACAGUGAUGUGUGUAUUUGUUAGGCUGCACUGUUGCGUAUUUAUGUAGACAGGUCAUUCUGUUGUUCUGUAUGUGUGUAGCCUGGUUGUUGUGACAGGCUGUUGUCGUGCAUUUGUGUAGACUGGUCAUUCUGCAUUGUUUUUGUUUGUGUAGAGAAGUCAGUCUAUAUCGUUGUGUAUGUGUGAAGGGAGGUGGGAGUUCUGCAGUGUAGCGAGGUCAGUUUGUAGACUUGUAUAUUUGUGUAUGUAGAGCAGUCUUAUGUAUGUCUGUACAGAGCGGUCAGUAUCUAUUGUUGUGUGUCUAUGCUGCAUGUGUGUACAGCCGGAGCUGACCUCUAAUGCUUGUCCAGAGGGGUGUGGCGCCUCAAUGCAGCCCCAAGAUACCAACCCAGCACUCAGCUACACUAAAGAGCUACAUCCAAUUAUCCGAUUUUGACUCCUCAACCAGAGGAAGGUCUGGGCCUAUAUCUCUCUAUCUCCUCUCCUCUCUCUCUCCUGCUCCAUUCAUCUUUCUCUUUACCUAUUUUAUUCUGUCACUUUAUUAUCUUGUGGUGCUGGACGAUCUGGACCCUGGACUGAUUUUUUAAAUCUUCUUUAAAGAACGACUGAACUUCCUAAUUCGGCCUUCUUUCGAAGCUUGGUCAUUAAGAAAUGCUAGCGGCCAUGACUGAAGCCAGAGAGGAAGAGGAGAGGGUUUACUCCGCCCAAAAUCACGUUAAGCAGAUCAUUAAUUAUUAAGCAAGUGAGGAGUUUUUGUAUUCGAAUUUAGUCAAGAUAAAAAUGAAUUGCUAUUUUGAUACAUGAGGCUUAUUUGAUCUAAUAGAAGUUUCGUAAUGCUUAGGUUGUUACAAGUGUACUGACAUAAGUGUGAUGCACGUGACAUCCCGGCAACCUUGAGAAGAAACACUUUAUAUCAGAGUUGUCCCUGUUGAAAUUCAAAACUGUCUCCAUAUUCAUGAGGCUAGCAUAGCAUCUCACUCUCCAUUGAAUACAGGCGGUUGACGUCAACCCCCCUCAUCGAAUAUUCAAAAGAUAUUCAAAUAACGAGAUGUAUCCACCAAUCCAAAGAGAGGAAUAGGCGGGAGCUUGAAAAGCAUCUAGUCAUUAUAUCCAGUUUCUCUGCUGAAGCCAAAUGAGUUGUCUUGGGGGUGUGGUUUGAUGUGGGUGUUUCUUGAGUGUGUCUUUCAAUCACAACAAACAAGGACAGUAGUGAGUACAGCGAGGUAAGCUAUCUUUGAUAUGGAGAGAACAACGUUUUGAAGUUGAGGACUUCUCCCCUCCUUACUGACUCGCCAUCUCAAGAUGGUCAGCUACAUUUGACAUUUUAGUCAUUUAGCAGACGCUCUUAUCCAGAGCGACUUACAGGAGCAAUUAGGGAUAAGUGCCUUGCUCAAGGGCACAUCGACAGAUUUUUCACCAAGUAGGCUCGGGGAUUAGAACCAGAGACCUUUCGGUUACUGGCACAACGCUCUUAACCACUAAGCUACCUGCCGCCCCAGGUACAGGAGCAAUUAGGAUUAAGUGCCUUGCUCAAGGGCAUAUCGGCAGUAUUUUGAGGUAGUCGGCUCGGGGAUUCGAACCUUUGGUUACUGGCCCAACACUCUUAACCCCUAGGCUACCUGCCGCCCUAAUUCAGUUCUAUGUGUAGGCUAAAGCCUGCGCUGACCUUGUGUUUAGCCAAGCUGACAGCAGCUAGUCUAGCUGAUAUUUCUCUGUCAAAUCUGUUAUGGCAAGAUAGCAAGAGCCAGUCUGGACUGUGUUUCAUAAGACACUCAUUCUACAACACCUUAUUAAGGUAGCUUGCAACUUAGUUUCAUCACACCAUGAGACAGAAGAGGCGACCAAAGAGGGAGCACGCCCCCAUCCUCAUCGACGGGGCCGCAGUGGAUAGGGUCAAAAGCUUCAAGUUCCUUGGCGUGCACAUCACUGAGGACCUGAAAUUGGUCUUGCCACACCGACAUUGUGGUGAAGAAGGUGCAACAGCGCCUCUACAACAUCAGGCGACUAAAGAAAAUCGGCAUGGCCCAUAAGACCCUCACAAACGUCUGCAGAUGCACCAUUGAGAGCAUUCUGUCGGGCUGCAUCACCGCCUGGUAUGGCAACUGCUCCACGCUCAACCGCAUGGCUCUCCAGAGGGUGGUGCAGACAGCCCAACACCUCACUAGGGCCACGCUGCCUUCUCUGCAGGACAUCUACAGCACCCGGUGUCAAAGAAAGGCCAAGAAGAUCAUCAAGGACCUCCGUUAACCCAAGCCAUGGACUGUUCACUCGGCUACCAUCAGACAGACGGAGACAGUACAUAUGCAUCAAAGCCAACAGUGAGAGACUAAGAGACAGCUUCUAUUACCAGGCCAUCAGACUGUUGAACAGACAUCUCUAGCCAUCUGCCAGGUAAUGCACACUCACUCACACAAAACACACACACAAGCUAUCACACACACACACACCUCAUACUCACGAACACACGCACAUACACACACAUACACACACACACACACACUCACAGCCAACGCUGCUGUCCCAUGUUAUAGAGACAUUGAAGCACUGGUCACUUCCCGUUUCACACUGUGUAUUUAAGUACUGCAUCCCCGACCAUAGCUUAUUCAAAUAUUUAUACUACUGGACAUUGUAUUUUUGUUACACUGUUUAUACACACCGCAUAUUUAUUUAUAUACUGGAUUCUUGACAUAGCUCACUCUAAUAUAACUACUGCUGUACAUAUCAUUCUUAGUUUAUCUUGUGUAAAUUUCCCUGGUGUACAUAUGUAUAGAUUGCAUUUUGAUAGUGCUAUUUGGAUUUGUUAAUUGGAUUCGUCCUGCCAUUCUUGAUUUCUUGCCUUUUUUAGCUUUGUAUUUUUCUUUACAUUUUAAUUGUUUGAUAUUUGACUGCAUUGUUAGCAGCUAGUAACAUAAGCAUUUCACUGCACCACUAUAACACCUGCUAAACUGUGUACGGGACCAAUACAUUGAUUUGUGAAGAUGUGUUACCGUGGAAACGGUAUCAACUGCCAGUUGAAUGCCCGGUCUUGAGUCAGCGCAGCUGUCCUACAACACAAUAUGCUAUAACUGGCUAGUUUUGUCUCGAGACUGACUUUAUGACCAAAAUCUUAUCCUAUAUACAUUUUGUAGUACAUUUUACACUAUAAUAAAUGUUUCUGACUCAUAUAGAUGCCACAUAGACCAUUUUCAAAUGGAGAAGUUGGUUUUUAGGGACAGUUUCUCUUUAAUCCCAGUCCCUGUUUGUGUUCCAUGUGUGUGUUUUAGAUGUUAUGAGGUGGGAUUUCUGAACUGAUUUCCAUGUUCAGGCUGUAAGCUGCUUUACUUUGAGCUCUGAUAACUCAUCUUGUUUUUGUAAAGAAGUGGCUUUAGGGCAAAUAGAUGUAAUAGUACUAGUGAGUUCAUAGUUUAACACAGGACACAGAAGGAGAAGACAGACAAUGACACUGUCUUGGAGACAUUAUUAUAAAGGGAUUACAUUGUAUUUUCUGUAGGAAUCUUUAUCAGAGUGGCUAAACACACAAGUGAACUGUAUGUCUGGAAUGUUCUGGAUAUCAGCCUCAGCUUCCUUUUGAAAUAAUACUUUUAACUUCACAAAAUAUUUGCUCUAGUAAAUAUCACGUAGAUUCAGUCUUUCUGUAUUGCAUUUACGCGUCAUACUGAAUGACAUUCCUGGUAUAAAUGUCAGGUUGCAGUUGUGUUGCUGUUUACGGCUUUUACUCUGGAGUUUAAAAAUGUAUGGUGAAUAUAUGGUGACAUACGCUAAGUGACAAGUUAACUGACUCUCACAAGCUCGCCUAAUGUUUAUGGGUGUGUGCAUGUGAGAGGGUAGUACACGUGUGAGCUGUGUGUGUGUGUGUGUAUGUAUACUCGCACGUGUGUUUGUGUGUGUGAGGGGAAGGCUGUAUACCCUGACAGAUGGCCAGAGCGGCAGCAGUGAAACAGAACAGAGAGGAGCUGACUGACUAAAGGAGGACAAACACAGUGUUGAGUUAGCAAGCAUCCCUCUGAUGAAAAGCCCUUCACAGUUACCCCGGAGAGCUCUCCGUCAUGACGCCGCCAAUCGAUCUCCAACGUGGCCGUGUUUCUCUCCGCUGCUUACAAAGAUUAGUGUCUGUCUCUCCCUCCACAAAGCCCGGUAGUCCCACUCCCCCCUCUGCUCCCCUCUCCUCCCCCUCCUCGUCCCCCGCGCCCAGCCCAGAAGGUGACAGGUGGCCAGGCUCACUUCCAUGCCGCUAGCUCCCCUCUCCUCCAGAGGGAGAUGGAGUGGGUUCCGGAGACCAUGAAUUUCCUGCUGUGGAGCUGCAAUCCUCUUUGGCUUGUGGGAGCUGUGAAUUCUUCAGGCGGAGACUCUCUCCAGAGGGCUGAAAUUCACCUUCAGAGUGCUAUAUUAGAAUGGUUUUGUGGAUGUAGGGCACACAGACAGAAACAGACACAGUCAGACACAGGAGAGGAGGAGGAAGGCAGCUCUUCUCCUGUGUGUCUGAGUGAGUGAAUCUGAGAGGCCUGUCCUCCAGAGCCAAAGCUUAAUAUACAGGCCACGACUAGAGGGAGGGAGACAUUAAUUGAAGCCCAGUGAAACAGUGCUUCAGUGGGAAGAGGCCACUGCUAAAAGGGUCAGAAGUCACAAACAGAAGAGUGAUGUUCACAAGGGCACAAUGUGUUGUUGGAUUUGGGACAAAGCCCCUGUCAGUCCACUCAGCAGAGUACGUAAAUACAAAAAUGCACACAAAGAAAUAUACAAAUUAAAAGUAGGUUAUUAAGAACAAGUCGUCGCUGUCUGAUGAAAACCUCUUAGCUCUUUUUGUUUAUGUAUUGAAAGCAGUAACUCUCCUCAAUGUACUCUGAACAUUUCAUGGCUCUAAGACCAAGAAAAUGUAUUCAAAGUAGCUUUGGAAGUUUUGAAAAUGUGUGUUCGUUAAUGGUAAAAUAUUCCUGAAAAGUUUCUGUUUUGGAGAUAAGAGGUUUUCAUCCGACAGCGACAAAGUGUGUAUCAUUGUCAUUAAUGACUCUCUGUGUGUGUUUUGGUGUUGUAGGACCUGUCCACGCUGCAGUGUGAGGUGGUUGUGCUGGUGUUCUCUGUGACAGACAGGAGAAGUUUCCACCGUACCGCCCAGCUCCGCCUCAUCCUCAGGGAGUCACUGCCCCACACUCCCAUCAUCCUCGUGGGCAACAAGAGUGACCUUGUCCGCUCUCGGGAGAUCAGCACAGAGGGUAGGGACACACACACCCACUCCAUUAUCACUUGAGCGCCCAGAGCGGUUUAUAAUGUACCUCCUAUCAAUCAAUCUACUGGUCUCUCCUUUCCACCUUGUGCCACCAUUCUCAGGUGAUCACCUACAGUACAGUGCAUAGAGCUUUUUAUUUAUUUAACCUUUAUUUAACCAGGGAAGCCAGUUGAGAACAAGUUCUCAUUUACAACUGCGACCUGGCCAAGAUAAAGCAUAGCAGUGCGGAAAAAACAACAACAACACAGAGUUACACAUGGAAUAAACAAAACGUACAGUCAAUAACACAAUAGAAAAUCUAUAUUCAGUGAGUGCAAAUGUAGUAAGUUAUGGAGGUAAGGCAAUAAAUAGGCCAUAGUGCAAAAUAAUUACAAUUAUAAUUUAACACUGGAGUGAUAGAUGUGCAGAAGAUGAUGUGCAAAUAGAGAUACUGGGGUGCAAAUGAGCAAAAUAAAUAACAAUGUAAAUAACAAUAUGGAGAUGAGGUAGUUGGGUGGGCUAAUUACAGAUGGGCUGUGUACAGGUGCAGUGAUCGGUACGCUGCUCUGACAACUGAUGCUUAAAGUUAGUGAGGGAGAUAAGUGUCUCCAGCUUCAGAGAUUUUUGCAGUUCGUUCCAGUCAUUUGCAGCAGAGAACUGUAAGGAAUGGCGACCAAAGGAGGUGUUGGCUUUGGGGAUGACCAGUGAGAUAUACCUGCUGGAACGCAUACUACGGGUGGGUGUUGCUGUGGUGACUAAUGAGCUAAGAUAAGGUGGGGAUUUGCCUAGAAGGGAUUUAUAGAUGACCUGGAGCCAGUGGGUUUGGCGACAAAUAUGUAGUGAGGGCAAGCCAACAAGAGCGUACAAGUCACAAUGGUGGGUAGUAUAUGGGGCUUUGGUGACAAAACGGAUGGCACUGUGAUAGACUACAUCCAAUUUGCUGAGUAGAGUGUUGGAAGCUAUUUUGUAAAUGACAUCGCCGAAGUCAAGGAUCGGUAGGAUAGUCAGUUUUACGAGGGCAUGUUUAGCAGCAUGAGUGAAGGAGGCUUUGUUGCGAAAUAGGAAGCUGAUUCUAGAUUUAACUUUGGAUUGGAGAUGCUUAAUGUGAGUCUAGAAGGAGAGUUUACAGUCUAACCAGACACCUAGGUAUUUGUAGUUGUCCACAUAUUCUAAGUCAGAGCCGCCGAGAGUAGUGAUUCUAGUCGGGCAGGCGGGUGCAAGCAGUGUUCGAUUGAAGAGCAUGCAUUUAGUUUUACUAGCGUUUAAGAGCAGUUGGCCACGGAAGGAGUGUUGUAUGGCAUUGAAGCUCGUUUGGAGGUUUGUUAACACAGUGUCCAAUGAAGGGCCAGAUGUAUACAAAAUGUUUUUGUCUGCGUAGAGGUGGAUCUGAGAGUCACCAGCAGCAAGAUAAUACAGUAUUGCAUGAAAAUGGAUGAAAUACAUACUUACAGAUGCAAUACAUAACUCCUUUUCCUAUGAACCCCCACCCUUUCCUAACCAUUGUCAUUUUAACACCGGCAGUGCCUCUAAACAUUCAGCACAGCAUGGCUCCCUCCCUUUCCUAUGAAUGUUGGUCUCUGCUUUCUACCGUUUUCCUGCUUCUCUCUGUCAUCAUGGCCCGCCUAAUCUGUGCCUCUAUUAUGCAAUUUGUCGCCUAUAACUGUAUUUCCAUCUGAGAGCCAGAGACCGUUUAUCUGUGAUCACCAAAAAUCAAUUCCUGGCUGCUGUGAGGAGCAAUAUGGGAAGUGAAAUGUUUUCCAUUGCAAUCUCCUUAUCGGAGAGAAAAUGGACCCAUGUUAUUGUUACCGGAUGAACCCAUAAGCACCAGUUUGGCUCAGUGAUUUACUGCGACAUGGCUUCCAGUGGAUUGAAAAGCACACAUUCUCUAGGGCCGGGGAAAUAGGUUGGCUACGUUCAGUUUCUGUGGACCGUUGUUCCAUUCUGACAUGAUGCACAAAGUUGAUUCUGGAACCACAUGAAUCUAUUCUUGUGGAAAUGUUUUUGUCUAUGUUUAUGUCUCUGUAUCCUCAUCCGUAAUUACCAUGCAAAACCCAUAGUCACAUAGCCUACAGUAAGCAACAGAAAAUAGGCCACAACCCCUAGUUGUUGUUUUCCUUGUAUUAUUAUUGAAUCAUACCUGUUCACAAUUAAAGCAGUGACCUCGACCUACUUGUAUACGUGUUUAUGGACACGUAGCUCUCCCUCCUAUCUCAUCCCCCGCUGGGUUACUUCAGCUGUAUGCCUCGCCUCCUGUUCUGUGUUGUUUUUGGAGACUUCCCCCACUUUAUUUGGAUGAUCUCUCUAGCGCAGAGGGCUGGCGUCACUAUCUUAAUGUGUGUGUGUGUGUGUGUGUGUGUGUGUGUGUGUGUGUGUGUGUGUGUGUGUGUGUGUGUGUGUGUGUGUGUGUGUGUGUGUGUGUGUGUGUGCUUUUCACGUGUACCUCUACCAGCACGCAAUCACACACUCACACUUAAAGAUACCAGCCGGCAACCACACUCUCACACCUCUCCCGACUCUCUCAGUGUGGUGUGGGUGACACUGCUUGUGCCAUGUGUGGAAAGCUGUGAUAAGGGGAUUGAACAGAGAGGAGAGAGUAGAAAUGCCUGGGAUGUCCAUGCUACAGGGACUGGUGUAGGAGAAUGUGAAUAAAAGUGAUUGAGUGGGGACGGUUGUGUGAGUGUGUGUGUGUGAGUCCUAUUGUUUUGGGUGAAAUCUUUUUUGUUUAGUAUAGGUUGUCCAGCCCACCAGAAGAGAGUGGAAAGGUGUGUCUGUGUGUGUGUGUGUGUGUGUUGUGCAUGAGCUCAUGCUCAGUCAUGGGUUCAGCAUGCAGUCAGCGAGAUGAAUAGAGAGAGAGAGUAAAGGAGAGAGGAGGGUUAUUCUUAGGAUACUGCUCCUUACCCCCGUGCUCAGCAUAUUCCCCCUCUGAGAGAACUGCAGUAAUGAUGUGGUCAUCGAUAUAGAAAUGCUACAUCUGUCUUACCUCUGCAUUCUGACAGGCCUUUGGUAUCCAUCUAUCUAUGGUAUUCUGAGCCCUGACUCCCUGACCGAUAUUUGAGCCUGAGUAAGGAAGUGAACUUGCCUGGCUGGUGGACAACUCAUCAUUCAUAUUGUGCUUGGUGCUUGUGGUUGAGAUUGGUUUAGGUCAUAAAAUGUAUUUAUGGAAUUACGGUGACAUUUAUUUCUCUCUCCCCUCUCCUUCUCUCACAGUAUACAGUAUGUUAUUCAUUCAUUUGCUGUGAGGGUGAAGCUUUCCCAUCUUUAAUAACACAAUGCUGUUGAUUGAUAUCUGCUUGAGCGGCUCUUUGCAUGUUGUCGCUGUCUGAUGAAAACCUCAUCUCCAAAACAUUAACUUUUCAGGAAAUGUAAUAAAAUGACCAUAUUUUCCCAUUAGCAAACAAUUAUGAAACAAUUGUUUAAAUACAUGUUCUUGGUCCUAAAGUCAAAUUGAGUUACAAGGUUUUCAUCAGACAGCUACGAUGUGCUGUUUACUCUGCAUUCUCUCCCUCUCUUCUUCUUUGUCCCUGCACUCAAUCUCUUUCUCUCUCUCCUCCCCUCCUUCCCUCCUCUCCCUCUCCUCCCCUCCCCUCCCCUCCUCUCUCCCUCUUUGUCCCUGCACCUUUCUCCCUCCCCUCUGUCUCACCUUAUCUUGUCUCAUCCCUGCUCUCUGAAUCUGCUGUUGGAGUGCUGUGAGGGACACAGAGGCCCUGCUUAGUCAUAGAGAACAGUGGCCAACCCUCACAUCUCCACGUCACCCAGAGCCACAGCCAGAGCCAGCCACUGCCACCACUACACUAUGAUCUCAUGUUGCGCUGAUCUCAUUGUGGCUCAUCCCUGCCUCAGCUCAGCUCCAUUCAAUUCAAUGUUAUUUUCAUUUCACUCUUAUCAGGUUAAGACUCCAUUCAAUCAGUUGUUAUAUGUAGUAGAUAUUAUGAUAAGCCCUGCUGAUCUGAUCAGAUUUUUUCCUUUCCACUAAACAUGGCAUUUCUAUUCUCUACAUCCCCACCCCUCUCUAUCGCUCCCUGUUCCAGAGGCCCACUCCAGUGCCAUGAUGUAUGACUGCCAGUAUCUGGAGCUGUCUGCUUCCCUGGACCACGGUACCACUGAACUGCUGGAGGGAGCGGUGAGGGCUGCCAGGGGCGACUGCGUCGGGCCGGGCUGGACGGAGGGGGACCCUGGGGCAGGGCGCAGGGAGAGCCUGACCAGCAAGGCCAAGCGCUUCCUGGCUGGCCUGGUGCCGCGCUACUACGGCCGAGGAGACCGGGACAGGGGUCAGUACAGAGAGAUGAGCAGACACAAGGGCAGCAAGAUCCUCCGACAGAAAUCACGCUCCUGCCAUGACCUCAGUGCAAUG